AUGACUAUUGCCAUGGGCGAUGCUCUUGCAUCUGUGACCACCCUCGAACGCAAGAUACACCCUAUCGAGGCCUUCCCGAGCACAUUGCAGUUACCUGACCCCAUUUCGUUGCUAAGUCAAGAGCUGAAGGUGGCCGCCACAGUAACUCGCGCGACGAGUUCGCUGGCCGAGACGGACAUUUACUCGUGGGGAUACGGAGUCGAAGGCAGUCUUGGACAUAAUAACACAGCCAACUGCGAGUUCCCCAAACCCAUCACAGCGUUUCGCAGGAUGUCCAUUCAACAGUGCUCGGCUGGGCGACAUCUUUCGCUCUUCGUCAAUGACGAAGGUCAAGUCUUUCAAUGCGGCCAGUCUAGUGAUCGAACUACAGCCAGCCAGUGGACGCCGCAGCGAAUAGAACGACUUCCUCGUAUCCAAACCACAGCCACCGGCACCAAAGCUUGUUACUCUAUAUCUGCCCCAGGCAAGAUUUCACCCCACCAUGUUGGUCAGAAACAGAACAGCAGCCCUGCUUCCAAUGAUCGGGACGGAACGGACGGUGGGGUUCUCUUUUCGUGGGGAAGUGGGGCGUUUGGGCAGUUGGGCCAUGGCAGCGAAGUCGACUACAAGGUUCCGCAGGUGGUUGUGGCGUUGAUCCACGUCCGAAUAACCCUGGUUCGAGCUGGCUUUCACUUUGCGGCUGCUAUUUCAAGCCACGGCCACUUGUUCACGUGGGGCUAUGGGCGACAUGGUCAACUGGGCCACAAUUCAACGCAAAACGAGUUGUCCCCCCGUCGUGUCGACGGGUUGGAGCGUGUGACGGAUGUAGCCCUCGGGUCGACACAUUCGCUCGCGAUUUCAGGCUCCCGCGUGUAUAGCUGGGGGCAAAACCUAUGGGGUUGCUUGGGUAUCGGCGGUCCCCUCGAUCGCGACGUGCUCAUCCCAACCCCAGUUUUAUUCUUCCAACACAUGCAACCAAGUCGAGUGUCAGCUGGCUCGGACCAUUCCCUGUUUCUCUGUCUUGUGGGGGUCAAGACGUACGUAUAUGCAUGUGGCAGCAAUCGGUUUGGCCAGCUCGGCAUCAACUCGACCAUUUCGCACUCGGACAACCCCCAGUGCGUCCAAGAAUUCGAGUACUCGUCCUUGUCACGGCGAGUCGCCCAAGUCUUUGCAGGGGACCGGUAUUCCGUUGCUCUUUUAGUCACGGGGCAAGUGUUUACGUGGGGGGAUGGUUCGUACAGCAAAACUGGCCUCGGCGCCGACCGCGGGCUCACAUGUGUGCCGUGGCUCGUGGAAGCCAUCUCGAGUCGGUUUGCGUUGCAAGUGGUCGUGGGGUACGCCCACGGCAUGGUGCUGUUUCGUCGAGAUGACCAUUCAGCAAUGAAUCGGUUCCGACAGUUCCCCAUACAACGCAUGGUUCCUUUCCUCGACCCCAAUGAAUCGCAUGCAGCAACACGUUCCUCUGGGUCGACAUCGUCGAAAGACAUGAUCGUGGCCGCCAUGGCUGGUCGAUGUGUGUGUGAACAUGCAGGUCGAUCCGACUUGGCGCCGUUUGGCUUGUUUUAUCGAUGUGUGGAGUGCAAUCUUCAGCCCAUUUGCCGAUGGUGCAGCCGACACUGCCACGUCCAUCGCAGUCCUUUGUCGUGCCAUGUCAUGCAGUGGGUCGUAUUGAGCACGUCGACAUCCCAUCAAUGCGUAUGCACGUCCAGUCCAGGCGCGUUGACUUCAACAACAGAAGAAGCCGACUUGGAGUUGUGAAACAAGGACGAAUACACGACGCUGGUGUAAAUCAAUUAUUACUACUGUUAUGUAGUUGAAGGAUUUGAUUCGUGACUUGAUCGGUCAAUGGAAUCGCUUGGUCAAUGCGCCACACGAUGUUGUCCACACUUGGACACGACGACAGCACACACACGUACACGUGCCCCGUCGAGCACUUGCAGGCCACGAGGCUGGCUUGCUCGGUCAGAGGCAGCUGGUCGAACGAGAGCGCUGUACACCCCAGCAGGUUCUCCAGCCACCGCGAGCUCAUCACGGCGCGGAUACUGGCAGACCCGUCGUCGACUUGAACCGCAAGUCGACUAAACCCAAUCUCUACAUGGCUUUGGCCUUGAUUCCACGACACUUUGCACAUGUCACACGCCCACGGGUCGUCUGGAUGGCGUUUGGGGGCGAUGGGGCGGCGGCACGCGCGGUGGAUCAGCGUCGUGGGGGACGGAUCGAGCCAGCCACUGGCCACAAAACUCGCACGGACGACGGCUAGCUGUGGCCACAUCAUUCCACGCAGCAGCACGCGGUUGUGUAGAUGGGCGACCAGUUGGACAUCGUAAAAGUCGGGAGAUGUCACGUACCCGAGUAGCCGGUUCCACGCAGUGAGUUUGCCGUUGGCGAACGCCGGGUGCAAACUCGACCAGUUGGCACACAGGCCCAUGGUCGUAUGGCCAGUCUUGACCAGCACGACGUUUUGCACAAACACGAGGUGGCCAGGCUCACACGUGGCAAGCGCACACGCCACUUGGUCCCGUCCCGUGACUUCGAUCGAUAGCAGCGGGAACGGCGGCUGCAGCGACCGAAGCGUCAACACCACCGUGAACACCGUCUGCGGCGAUGUCCUGGAUGCGUCAUCAUCAUCCGCCGACAUCAUCAUGCCUUUGGCGCCAAAGUACGUUGCGGUAAACUGCUGGCGCAGCGGACUCGCGCGGGCGACAUGGAUAUCCGCCACUUGGCCGAGAAACGAAAGGUUGUAGCAGUUCACGGGCAGGUCCGUCCACUCGUCCAGCGGCAGCGGGUACUCUGACAGAUCGGAAAACUUUGUGACUGGGUCCACGGGGGCUGUGAACGCCACCUUGUUGGGCUGCGUGACCACGUCCGUGAGGACUGACUUGGCUGGCACGACAAAGAGAAUCGUGGACGAGCCGUACUCCAAG